AUGGGUAAUUAUUGUCAUAAAGCAAAAAAACAUCAAAACUUCAAAGUUUUAAAUAAUAAUGGAUCAUGUCAGCCAUUUAUACCAGAAGUUACAAAUUUGAAUUAUUUACAAUCUACUGGAGUACAAACUAAAAAUGAAUCACUAUCAUUCUUAUCUAAAUCAGUACAAUGCUCUUAUUCACCGGAGCUGAAACGUUUUACUUCAACUAAUAAACGUACUAAUUUGAAUCAAUCACAUCCAAUUUCUGUAGGUAAUAAAGAAGAAUUAAACAGUUCAAUAUACGAGGAUAAAUUGACAACAUCAUCAAAAUGGAAAUGUAUAUCACCACACUGUAAUACAAAGAAUAAUCUAUUCUGUAAAACGUGCAGUACUUUGUCAACCAAUAAACAAUUACCAAAACAGUGUAACGAAGCAUAUCCCAUAUUAUCUAACGAUAUGGCAAAUAAUAUUAAUGAACGCUUCAUGAUGAAUAAACCAUUUGAAGCUGGAGGAGAUUAUAAGUCGACGUCUAGUCAUACUUAUCCACCCAGUUCAUACUUUCAUGGUGUACAAACAACUACCAAUGAAUCAGCCAAAUUAAAUAGAUUUCAUCAGUUUAUUAGAGAAAAUCACUAUUGUUCAGGCAAUACAGUGAACAAUCAAACCAGUAGGCCACAUUUAUCCUCCUAUGAAACAUGUGUGUGUAAAAAUUCUCCAGCCUAUCAUCCAAUCUCUUUAUACCAUCCCCAUGCUUUGACGCAUACAUGUUGUGAACAUAAAUUUUUACCCGGAUAUAUAAGAAAUUCUGAAAUUUGUUUGACUCAAGCAAAUAGAAAAUAUUUAUUAGAUGAUUAUUAUACAUCGAAUUGGAGUAAUUUUAAACGAAGAAAUUCCAUGUUACUAUUGAAACCAUUUAAUGAUCAAUGUUUCAGUAUGGAUAAUAUUAAUUCGGUGAAUUAUCAAGAUAAAUUAUUACAAAAUAAUUUUCCUUAUUAUCAUAAACCUACAAUCUGUCAAAUGAAUCAUUCAAGUUAUCAUAUUAAUCAUAAUAAUGAAAUACUCGAAAUGAACUAUAAUGGUAGAGAACAAAGGCUGAAUGAUCAAACAAUCCUUACACGAGAACAUCGAAGUAAAUCUUGUGAAAUACCUAAAAGUACUCAAAAUUUAAAUAUUACUCCUUGUUCUCGAUCAUAUUCUUUAUUAUCAGGAAAGCUGGCAAGGUGUGCUUCACAGUCUAUUGCAACAUCGAACAACAUUGAAUACGCACCACCACCACCAUCUCCAGUAGGUAUGUCAAGAAAUCAACAGGACAGCAGACUCAAUGAUGAAAUGAAAUCUUCAUUGAAUUCAUCAGUCAAUGAUACGCAUUGGUUUCAUAAUAAAAAUACACCAAGUCUUCAUUCAAUAAACAAUGCUAAAAUGAAUUAUGCUACAAAUUAUUCACAAAGAUUUGAAGAUUCGAAUAUUUUGCAUAAUAUAAAUAAUUUACCACAAGUUUAUGAUGUUCCAGAGUGUCGACAUUAUGCUACACCAUCAUCUUGUUACAAUUUAUCGCAUAUUAUGCAUCAAAAAUACAAAGUAUGUAAGUGUUUCAAUUGUGAAAGACACCUGUUUCCUGAAGGUGAUCAUCACUUCAUGCAUUAUGCUGACAGUUUGCAACGUCUUCAUGGUGAACGACGACAACUACAACACCAGCAACAACAGAGUUGUGAAUUCAUGAAAUCCUCAACACAUACAAGUCAACCAGUUGAGUACUGGUUAAAUAGUACAAAUUCAACCAUGUAUAACCCUAUGAAUCAUUUAGAUAGAAAACAAAAUAAUCCAGACAAUUCAGACGGUGUUAAGCCAACUCCUUGUAAAACGAUCAAUUCAAAAGUUAAUCAAAAAACUACUCAUAAUAGUAGUAGCGGUAGUGUUCGAAGCAGUGGAAGUCAUCGUCAGCAUCGUCUCAGUAGCACGCGAAAUUCACAUUCUUCUCGAUCACCUAGUCGCCAUACUGAUGGGACAGUGAAAGUGGUUAAAUCAAAAGUUGAUCUAGAGCCAACAAUGAAUAAUCUCCCUUCUAAUCAUAAUUACUAUACAACCCAAUCGUUUAAGCAUAGAUUCUUUUUAAAAGAAACAUGUGGCAUUGAAAAGAUUAUAUCUGAUCCAACUGAUCGAAGGAUAAGGGCAAUAUGUGAUAGGUUUCGAUGUGAUUUAGAAGUUUAUUCAAAAAUACCAAAAAAUGGCUAUUUACAAUAUGUGAUUGAUAUAUCCUCACCGAAUUUAUGGGCAUUACAUGGAUGUGCUAGAGCAUUGGAUUCUUCAUUGAACUGGUGUUUAACACCACAAUUAGCAGUUUAA